CUCCACACUUCUGUGCAUUGAGGGUGAAUGUGAAGUUAGGGAGAUGACGAAGCUGGAAGACCACCUGGAGGGAAUCAUCAACAUCUUCCACCAAUACUCCAUUCGGGUGGGGCAUUAUGACACCCUCAGCAAGCGUGAGCUGAUGCAGCUGAUCACAAAGGAACUUCCAAAUGCCCUCAAGAACACCAAAGACCAACCUUCCAUUGACAAAGUAUUCCAAGAGCUGGAUGCUGAUAAAGACGGACAGGUCACCUUUGAGGAAUUCAUAGUCUUGGUGUCCAGGGUGCUGAAGACUGCCCAUGAGGCUAUCCACCAAGAGUAGACGCUCUGAUGGGCUCUUCCAGCAAUGUCCCCAAGAAGACUUUCCCUUCUCCUCACCGAAGUCUGCCUUGCCUGAAGGAAGCGAGAGUUAAUAAAAGUACCCUUGAACCGUU